UUCGCUGGCAGAACUCUACUCUUUGUCCCUCAGUAUCCGCGCGCAACCGGUGUGAGACAAACGCUCGCCACAUGUCGCUCGCGAACACGGCCGCUCGUAAACACGACCCAGGUCAUAGUCCACGAAGAAUCCUCAAGUUGCCUAAUAUAUUCACAGGAGUGAGAAUGGUGAAUCGCAACGAGAGGCGUGCAGUGGCCUGCGUCUUGCUGGCAGUGACCGCGGUGGUCGCCGCAGCUUCGUACGAUCGAGAACGUCUCGAAAUCGCCAAACAGAUCCUGGAAGAAGUACCGCUUACUGAUGGGCAUAACGAUCUACCGUGGAAUAUUCGCAAGUUUCUCCGCAAUCAAAUCAACGAGUUUGAGCUGGACACAGAUCUAACGAUGGUGGAACCGUGGUCGAAGUCCAAGUACUCGCAUACCGACCUCCCACGACUGAGAGAAGGCAUGGUCGGAGCUCAGUUCUGGUCAGCAUUCGUACCUUGCGCUGCUCAAAACAAAGACGCAGUCCAGCUGACUCUCGAGCAGAUUGACGUGAUCCGACGACUUGUUGCUAAAUAUCCUAAAUUCCUGAAACUCGCCACUUCGGUUACAGAUAUCCUGGAAGCCCACAGCGCGAGGCCCCGCAAAAUCGCAUCUCUCAUCGGAAUUGAAGGUGGUCAUUCCAUCGGGAACUCUCUUGGAGUACUUCGGAGCUACUAUCAGCUCGGUGUGCGCUAUAUGACUCUGACUCACACGUGCAAUACUCCUUGGGCUGAUUCAUCAAACGAACCACCCGCUGUUAAUGGUCUUACGGAAUUUGGAGAGAAAGUGGUUCGGGAAAUGAAUCGCCUCGGCAUGUUGAUUGAUGUGUCGCACGUGGGUGAGAACACGACCCGGGCAGCAAUCAGACUGUCAAAGGCGCCGGUUAUCUUUAGCCACUCGUCCGUAUACAGCCUGUGUCAGCACAAGAGAAACGUUCCUGACGAUAUAAUACAGUCAAUGAAAGAAAAUGGAGGGAUUAUCAUGGUGAAUUUCUUCCCGGACUUUGUCAAAUGUGCUCCAAAUGCUACACUAUCUGACGUCGCUGAACAUUUCCAUUAUAUCAAGAGGAUGAUUGGUGCUGAUCACGUUGGUGUAGGCGGUGACUUCGAUGGCGUUAACAGAGUUCCACGUGGAUUGGAAGAUGUUUCAAAGUAUCCAGAAUUGUUUGCUGAGUUGCUAAGAAGUGGACAGUGGACCGUGCAAGAGUUGAAGAAUCUUGCUGGACUUAACAUGCUACGAGUAAUGCGCCAAGUAGAAAAGAUACGCGAUGAUUUGCGCACCAAUGGAGCGGAACCGGAGGAACAUCCAGACUCACCCUCUGAUAACGGCAACUGUACCAGCAACGCUUUCGAUCUUGAAUACGUCUAAAUAUCUCAUGAGUGCUUUUUAUCUAGCUGCCAAUGGAUAAAUAGUUUGAAUUUGAAGUACUAACUGCCUUUUAUAAGAGCCACGGUAAGAUUACCGUUUUGACAUUUUAAACCCACAGAAAUUUAUUAAAAAAAUAUCAGGAAUGUACAAUAUACCUACUAUUACGUUUGAAUUGAUUUUAUAGUGAUGUCACGUAAAAGUUGAUUUAGGGCAUAACAUGCAUAGCCAAAACAGGGUAGAUGAAUAAACCCUUAAAUUUAAAGAAAUGUUUUUAUAUUAGUUAUUAGUACAGACAAAGACGUAAUAUACAUUUGAUUAUAAUUUCUUCGAUAAUAUUUUUGUAAGCUCUCAUAUUAUAUUCUUAUCGUGUCGCAAACAUAUAAGGUAGAUAAAUAUAUUCAUGUGGCAGCUAUAUAAAAAGUUUAAACCGACGACAUUCUGACAUGCUUUUAUAAAUUAUAACAGAAUACAAAUAGAUAUUAUAUUAUAGUGUGUGUCGUAUUGCAUUGAUGUUUUCCUAAAUAACUUAUAGUUUGUUUUAUAAAGACUGAAUCACAUUUAUCGCUUUUGGUUGUUGGUUGGUUUGUCGUCAUGAAUGAUGCUUUGAUGGUUUUUGCGAUUUAGUUGCUUUAAGCUGAUUUAAGAUCUACUUAAGUCAUCAAGCAAAAACAAGUUUAGAUUAUAUCGCGUGUAUCAAUUUUUUUUUCAUUUUUAUUAUCUUAUUUAUCUAUUCUAAUUAUGUUUGCCUGAUUAAUUAUGAUUUCAUAUACAUUGACAGUAGUAUUUUUAAAGUGUCGAAAAUUAUGGCCUACACGUUAAUAAUCAAAACAGCUUCUUUAGUAAUUGUUGAUGAAAAAUGUGAUUCAGGCUUAAGUGGCAUGGAGAUGGAGCUAUCAAUUUAGCAUCUUGGGAGCGUAUCGAUGUAAUGGUCGAUAAAAUGGAUCUAUCUCAUUCUUUAAACUAAUACCUACGUGCCAAAUUUGGUGCCAAAAUAGUUUUGAAUCAAAAAUAUUAUUUGAUAAGAAAAUGAAUAUUUCACCUAGGGUUAGUAAUCAAACAUAGUCUUUGCAUUUUUAAACUACGUUCUAAAUAGGCAGAAAUCAUUGGAAGUUUAUAUUGCUGUGUUCACAAGGAGUAUUAAAUUCAGGAAUGAGAUAGAUGGUUAUAUUAUUUGUUGUUGUAUAACCGUUAGUCUCAGAUUUUUUAUAUAAUCGGUGUAGUCGACGCGUAUUAGGUGUUCAAUGUGGCCAAAGCACUCUUGUCUGUACCUACUGUAUCUGAUUAACUUCUGUGUCACAUAUCACCCAGUUUACUUCUAUACCCUCCAAAAAUGGCUCCGUUUUAUUGAACAUUCUUUAAUGAAAUCGAAUUUAAAUUAGUUUAAUUAAUUUUAACUUCAAUUUUUAUAUUAGUAUAAAAAUUAUAAAUUAUAAUUGUCGAGUCUUUUGACUGAGUUGACGAAGAGAUUAAGAGAAAAAUUGGAAUCAAUAAAAUGUAUUGCAUAAAAAGCUAUAUUGAAAAUGUAAGAGAGAAAUAUGAUUAAAUGAUGAAAAUAUUUUUAUUUACAUUUGAUAUAUACUUAAUUAAAAAAAAUCUUCUUACGACUUAGGAAUGUAGGUAGCGAAUAAAUUUUUAACAAUGUUAAAAAUGUUAAAGAUUAAACCUUUUAUACAUAAGUAAUUUUUGGAAUAUUAAAAAUAAAUAAUAAUUUAAAUUCUAAAGGAAUUGAGUACCAAAAUACGGACGCCAUUGGAUUUGUUCUUCUUUCUUAUUUCUCCGCUUGUGUAAUCUAAUAGUUGUAUACAGUAUAAUAUAUUAAAGAGGUCAAUAAUUAAUUCAUUAAUUAUAAUGUCAAAAGUCAUAAACUUCUACUUCAAAAUCAUCAUAAUAAAAUGUCUUUAAUUUAUUUACUGUUCACAUAUACAGUGAAACAUGAAAAUGUCUUUACAAACAAUCAAAUGUAUUCACUACCUAUGUACGUGGAUAUAUUAAACAUGGAUUAUCCAUAUUCUACAAAAAUGGACGUCGUCCAUUGAUAUAGCUACGAGUACAUUUUAACUUAUGGUCUAUCCUUACAAUGUUAAAGGUUACGAUAAAAAAAACAGUUGUCUGUAAAGUCGGUUUACUAACGAUAGUUGAACGUGACAACUUCAUAAGAAAAUACUGAUGGAAUGGUUGCAUUUUUCAAAAGAAAAUGUUCGUUUACAAAAACAGAACCCUUAUUCUAAAAUCCUCAUAGACCAGAAUAUACUUUAUUUCUUAUAAAAAAAGUUGGCAACCCUUGAGCGAGGAAACGACACAUGACGACAUCUUUUAUCGAGUGUGCAUCCGGCUUAAUCGAAUUAUAAGACGUUGUCACGUCAAAAAUAAUCCUGUUAAGAAAAACAAAUUCACGUUAAAUUUAAUGAUUUGAAUGUUUACCUACACUGGUUUUGUUAUUAUAGAACAGUGAAUAACGCUGAUAUUGACCUCUUUUUUACGAAAAAUACAAAAGUAUGUGUAAGUAGAUUCUAUUGCUACGUAGUUUCAGUGUUUAUAUAAUAAUCGAAGCAUUCACUUCUAUGUUUCUAGAAUUUAACCAUUUUUUUAAUUAUAUUUCACCUACUUGGACCGAGAUAGUGAAACGUACCUUAUUUUAUGAAAGCUGAAAGUAAGCGCUCGCUCCUAAUAUACUCGUAUGUAAGUACGUUAGCCAAAGUAGAGCCUCAAUAGCUAAACGGUAAGAGCGAUCGGACUCACUACGGAGGGGUGGGGAUUCGAUAACCGUUUACCCGGCUAGUUGGAGGGAAAUGAGAAUACUGGUCGUACUUAAAUGAUAUGGCAAAUAUUUUUUUUAACAAAAAUGAUGUACCUAUAGGAAUAUAGACAGACAUAUUUUCGGUUUUCAUAAAAUAAGGUCCGUCUGGUUAAUUAUCGCAGACUCGUUUUACGUUUGAUAAUAAAGCAUAUUCCGCGUCUUGUGAAAUGUUGUGAUCAAUAUUUGUGUACCAAUAACUGUCUAACAUCUAUCUAAUACUAUUUUUUUUAAGGUAUAAUUAUUUUCAAGUAAAGUCGAUAAUUAAAACAAUGUGGAGCACAAGUAUUUGAAGUUCAAUAGAUUUUUGUGUUACAACUAUGAUUUACGUCCAAACACAUAUCCAAACUGGAAAAUAUCCUAUUUGUUAAUGCUGAUAAAUAUUUGUGUUAAGAUAAAGCAGAAUUAGUACCUAAUUAAUUUAAAUACUUUCGUUUAAAAAACUGGUUUCAUACAAAUAUGCCGAUAUGAAGAACAUCAAAAAUUACAAGCAAAUUAAAAUACACAUUAAAUCCCUUUCGAGGCAAAAUGGUUUUAAGGAGACAUUUUCCGUAUAUUUUCGUACUUUCAUUACAUUUUUGAUAUACACGUUUAUGUCUAUACGACAAUAAAACCUUCGAAAAGAUUGAAAUUUCCACUUUUUCCUUUAAUUUUAAUCAAAUAUAUUUGUUUUCUUUGCGACUCCAUUUUUUCAACAUUUUGGGCUCGAAUUAACAUUUCAGUAACGAUACUCGUAUAACACUUGAAUACCUCGUGAAUCAUUUGGACAAAUAAUAGUGUAAUUAUGACAGCAAAAAAGAAUACAUAUAUACUACAUAUAAUUAGAAGCUGAAGAUUUUUUAAGAUGCUCUGACAAAUGGGCGACACUAAAAUAGAUACAAUUGCCAAAUUAUGACCUGAUUUUUUUAUAAUACUAAGACCAUGGAUUAUAGUAAUGAUGCCAGUUCGCAAAGUUCGACUUUCAUCAUUUUUGAUCAGCUGUUUUGGUCUUUAUUAUCAAACUAUUAAAUAGACAUCAAAUUAAGUGAGAAAUAUCAUCUACCUACUGUAUGGUAUCCACUUGUAAGCAUAGAUGACAUUUGUUACUUAUAAUCUCAGCCUGCAGGUCUUUAGAGGCUAUUAAGAUAAUUAAGAGUGACAACCACUAUCAGCUGAAAGUGACUCAAACAACUUGUACCGCAGCCGAAACACACCUUUGUAGUAUGUCUUACGUUUAUGAAGUUGAAGGAAAUGAUGGACACUGAACAAGUAUAUAUAUUUCAUGAAUAUAUACGUAUAUAUUCAUGAAAUUUCUACACCCUUAGGGGCGAUGUUGUCCCACGAAAGUCACAGAGUGUAGACGGAAAAUAUAUGCGAUCGAUAAUGAUAUUCUGUGGUACUGUGUCUACACUCUGUGGAUUGCGUGGCAGCGCCGACAAAUAUAAUAUGAUACGGUAUAUAUUCUAAAUAAGACCAAUUCAUGAGGUAUUCAUGUAAGGACAUGACAUCAAAUUAUAACCUAUAUUUUAAAAUAAAUAUAUGACAUUUAAUUAUUGUUAUAGGAAUUAGUGGAAAUUAAAUUGGAUCACAAGAUUGAGCUGUGACUCUUAUAUUUACGAGUAUAAUAUCGGGGUAAAAUAAAUAAUGAUUACGACUGAAAAUUUUUCGAACCUAUAUUAUAACCAAUUAGCAUUACUAUCACGUCUGAAAUCUGGCUGUUAUUUUAUAAUUGGUUUUCAUUCGUAAAACUUAUAAAUUGUGUUUUUGCACAAGCGCCUUGUAUAAGAUUGUAAAGACAUUGAAAAAAAGUUUUAUUGCACUCGGGAUCAAAAUAAUGGAUUUUUUAAUUUUCCCGGUUAAUAAUUUUCAAAAUAAUCUUUUCAGCCCAGGUCUAACUUGUCAUUUAAUAAAAAAAAAAUAUUACUUUUAUUAUUAAUUACUUCGUGGACACUAUAGCACCUCAAGUCACUUCAAAACUUUAUCAACGAGUUUACUUUACGGAGAAUAUUGUUAUAAUGACUUUGUCAAGAAAACGUGCGCUUGUGCUAAACUCAAUUUGUGUACUGCAUUAAAAUUUCAAGGCUCAAUUAAUUUAAGGUGUAAAUCCUUGAUAUUUUCUUAAUACGAAAGCGAAAUGACUUUGUAAGCUCUUUAUAUUGUAUAUCGUACACGAAUUAAAUAAACACGAUUGCUGUAUACUCAC